AAACACAAGAGGGGCGCAGCUAUCUGGGCUACAGAUGGAGUUGGGGGGGGAGCUACAACGAGGAGCAGACGACUGGCUGAUGACCUUGGAAGAAGGAUGCAGGAGGUUACAAGUGAUGGUGGGCGAGCUGUUUUUGCGAUCGAACGAGGAGGCAUAGGACGUAGGGGGGCCGAUCUCUCUGGCUGGCUGGGUGAAGAAUAUGGCCGACGACAUCCUGAACAUCAUCUGGGAGCUGGAGGAGUGGCCGGAUCCCCAGCUAGAAUCCUGCAUCGAUUGGACGAGGGCACAUGGCAUGAUGUCUACCAGUUAUGCCCUCUUCGCUGAGGGCCGUAACCUGCGCUAUAAGCUGGAGGAGCGGUUGAUGGGCGAUGACGACAAGGAGGAUGAGAACUGGCAGGAGAAUGGAGCGCAGGAAGACAAGGUUAACUCCGGCGUCAACACCGACAACAACAACAACAACGACUACAACAACAACAGCGACAGCGACAACGACAACAACAACGGGCUUAGCGAUAAUAACAAUGACAACAACAACAUCAACAACAACAACGACUUCAACAACAACAACAACAAAGACAGCAACAACGGUCACAGCGACAACGAUGUCAGCAUCAACAACAACAACAACAACGUCAACAAUUACAUCAACAACGACGAAGACUACAACAGCAGCGAUGACCACGGCAGCAGCGAUGCGGUGGGAAUUGGGGCAGAUAACAACAACAACGCCGAUGGGGAUAAUAACAACAACAACUGCGAUGACGGCGGCAGCGGUGACGGCGGUGGCAGCGAUGAUGGCGAUAGAGAUGUGGGGAUUGGGGAUGAUAACAGGGAUGGGGAUGACAACAACAACAACAGAGAUGGGGAUGACAACAACAACAACAGAGAUGGGGAUGACAACAACAACAACUACGAGGAUGGCGGCAACGACGACAGCGGUGGAAGAGGCGACGACGGCAGCAGCAACGACCACGGGAGCAGCAUGGAAGACAGCAUUAGCACGACGGGAAAGAAGGCCCAUGCUGACGAGGUGGGGAGUGUAGUAGACACGGAUAAGAGGAAGAAGGAGUUACAGGAUAGACUGCAGCAGGAGCAGGCGCUGCUAGCAAAACUUGAGAGACAGGAGGCAGCCGAGCUGGAGGCUGCAACAGAUGCCUCACGCAGUACCUUCCAGACUGAGAUGCACCGCAUCUUCAGGCCUUACCUGGACAAGUUCAUGGUUGUCUAUCUGGAUGAUAUUCUGAUAUUCAGCCGAACUGCCAGGGAACGUACGGAGCACCUGGCUCUGGUCCUCCAGUCGUUACGUGACAGCCAGUAUAAGAUCAACAGAGAAAAGUCCUCUUUUGGAGUUUCCUCUGUUAUCUACCUGGGUCAUGUAAUCUCUGGAGAUGGUCUGGCUCAUGAAGCGGCCAAGAUAGUUGUUGUUCAGUUUGGACUUUGUCUCCUCUUCGCUUCGUCUUAUGCAUCUAUGGGCGUGUAUGAGAUUGUCUGUGUGUGAGUGGCGAUGAAAAUCGUCAAACAAAGUUCAUAACAGAUU